AUGGCCACGCAGCAAACAGGUAGCAGGAAGCGGAAAGCGCCCGCGCUCCAGGCGGGCGCCGGGAGCUCGUCGUCGCGGGACUUUGCGGCGGCAGAGGGAGAGGGGCGGCUGCUGCCCAAGAAGCAGAAGCGGCCGGCGGCACGUCGCUCGCUGGUGCACUACCUGGGAGGCCGCGAGGUGGGCGCGCCGGGCCGCGCCGGGCUGCCGGGCUUCGAGGGCGAGCUGCGCGUCUACGCGGUGCGGAGGCUGCCCGAGCUGCUGACCGAGCGCCAGCUGGCCCUAGGCACCCUCAACAAGGUGUUCGCGUCGCAGUGGCUGAACGCCAGGCAGGUGGUGUGCGGCACCAAGUGUAACACUCUCUUCGUGCUGGAUGUGCAGUCGGGACAGAUCACGCACAUCCCCUUGUUGCAGGACAGGGUGCCCGGGCUGGCCCGGGCCCAGCCGGGCUGCGGCAUCCACGCCAUCGAGCUCAAUCCUUCCAAGACGCUUCUGGCCACUGGGGGCAAAAACCCCAACAGCCUGGCCAUCUACCAGCUGCCCACCCUGGACCCUCUGUGUCUUGGCGACCGCCACGGCCACAAGGACUGGAUCUUCUCCAUCGCCUGGGUGAGUGACACCGUGGCUGUGAGUGGCUCCCGCGAUGGCACCGUGGCGCUGUGGAGGGUGGACCCCGACGUAUUCAAUGGCAACAUCGCCUGGAACAACGAUGCGGGGUUCCCCGUGUACGCCCACAUCCGUCCGAGGGACGUGAAAUUCAUCCCCAGGGCCAGCACCAACCCCAGUAACCGCAAGGUGCGGGCCCUGGCCUUCAGCGGCAAGAACCAGGAACUGGGAGCGGUGUCCCUGGACGGCUACUUCCACCUGUGGAAAGUCAGGAGCACCCUGUCCAGGCUGCUGUCCAUCAGGCUACCCUACUGCCGAGAGAACGUGUGCCUUACCUACUGCAACGAGUUGUCCCUGUAUGCGGUGGGCUCCCAGUCCCAUGUCUCCUUCCUGGAUCCUCGCCAGCGCCAGCAGAACAUCCGGCCCCUGUGCUCCCGAUAUGGCGGCACAGGCGUGCGCUCGCUGAGCUUCUACCAGAAUAUCAUCACCGUGGGCACCGGCCAUGGCUCCCUGCUCUUCUAUGACGUCCGCGCCCAGAAGUUCCUGGAGGAGAGGGCCUCGGCCAGCCCGGAUUCCUCUCCAGCGCCGGCAGGGAGGAAGCUCAAGCUCACCUGUGGCAGAGGCUGGCUCAACCGUGAUGACCUCUGGGUGAACUACUACAGAGGCAUUGGCGACUUUCCCAAUGCUCUCUACACCCACUGCUACAACUGGCCUGAGAUGAAGCUCUUCGUGGCUGGGGGACCUCUCCCUUCUGGCCUCCAUGGGAACUACGCAGGACUCUGGAGCUAA